UGAUGUGAACUCCUGGACAUGUUAUUUUGGAGACCAAACCUGGGAGUGUGUCAUGGAUUCAACACUAGCUGUGACAGACUGAGCAGACCAGAUCAGUUCUCAGCAGUGGUAGUCAUGCUGCAUGGCCUCUAGAGGGCAGUGUUGGGUCAGCUCUUUCCACCAAACCGGAAGUGUUUAUGGAUCCGGCGCUGCAGACGCAGCGUGAUUCGUUCGUCUGAACGGAGUAAAGCCAAUUUCUUGAAUGGUGGUGACACCUGGACGCGCUGUGAUGAUCAAAUACGUGAAUCAGACAGCUGAGACAGCGUGAAGAAACUCCCGAACCAGCACGUAACAAACGCAGCGGCGUCCAGACAAAAGAUACACGUUCAUUGAUGCUAAUUGAUUCACACAUCUGGUAACGCAACAAAGUCUACACACAUGGGGGAGCUGUGUACUCCCCCACGAACAGCAGUGGGAUUGGGAUUCAUAAUAAAGUGUAUUAAACCCUUUAAUCACAACGUGGGGGCGUUCCGAUGCGUGACGUCAUGUAUUUCAAACCAGGACGGAGCUUCCUGUAGAAUGACGCUAGGCUUCUGUGAUUGGCUGAACUGGAGCCUGCUGGGCUGUGAUUGGCUGCGGGGGCUGUCAUUUCCCCUCCCGCUGCCAAUGCUCUCAGCCGCUGACCCACUAACACAGAUCUGGAGUCCGAGGCCACCUUGGGAGACGGAGUCGGGUCCCAGACGGUCCGUGCGUUGGUUGGUCCCGCAGUCAGCCGAUGGAAAGUCCACACCGCCCACGCGUGCACAACCACAGGGGGUCACGGGCACGGCGGACCAAGUUGCUGUCCGAGAAGGUUUGCUUUCUUUUCCAGGCCUGCUGCUGUCAUAACCUAUGGAUGAGAAGAACCUGGGGGAGGCUGCCUAGCUGAAGGUUUCCAGGUUAACGGCUCCGGUCAAUGACGACAAACCUCUGGGGCUGCAUUCUUAAAUGAAAGUUCUGGUUCUGGACCAGAGUGCCCGAGCUGAGUGCAACCGUCCCAUGCGGUCCUGCUGAAGCCCUGGACCCUGCUGGAGCCUGAGCAUGCAGUCCAUCAAACAGGAGGAGGACUGCAGCGAAUUGGGCCCGGACCAUGCUUCUGUUCUGGCUGCGGCCCUGCAUGGGCCUGAUGGAGGCCUCGGGGGCCACAGCCUCUCCGUCGCUCCUUUCAAAGCUAAAUCCUCGUGUCGCAGGAAGAGGGAGUUCAUCCCCGAGGAAAAGAAGGACACGCUGUACUGGGAGCGGCGCCGCAAAAACAACGAGGCUGCCAAGCGUUCCAGGGAGAAGCGGCGGAUAAACGACUUGGUUCUGGAGAACCAGCUGCUGGCGCUGGGGGAGGAGAACGCCUCCCUCAGGGCAGAGCUGCUGGCGCUGAAGUUGCGGUUCGGACUGCUUAGCGCAACGGCGUACUCCCAGGAGGUCCAGAAGCUGGUCCCCCGCCCACCCGUCAGCCCCCUCCAGGACCCGGCGCCGGGCGGCUCAGCUCAGGGGGUCGUGACCAGAGAAGAGGGGCCCCUGCAGCUCCGCAGCAGCUGCAUCUCUGUCAUCAGACACUCCCCUCUGAUUGACAGCCACGCUCUCUGCAGGGGGGCAGGCCUGAAGCAGGAGCCGGAGGACGGCGGCUGCGCUCGGGAGGAGGGCGGGCCUUACAGACUCUACCAACAGUGCGUGAUUGACCGCCUGUCAGGGGUCUGCUGCCCCCCCGCUUCCUUCCUGCAGGUGACCAGAUCAUCCAGCAACUCCCCCCGCAGCUCUGACGACUGCGCCAUGAGCAAGUCCUCCGACGGCGAGGACGAGCAGCAGGUUCCCUCUGCGGCCGGCCCGAGGAGCGUCAUCGUCUCUGCCCACAAAGUCCCGGAGGAGGCCCCGACGCCCAGCCUGGCGCCCAGCCCGGCGCCCAGCCCGGCGCCCAGCCCGGCGGCGCUGCCGCACAAGCUGCGACUCAAGUCCAGAACCGUGCAGGUGAAGGCAGAGGUGGUGGACCCGGAGUACGAGACUGCUGGGAGGCCCUUGUGCCUCCAGAACCGGCCGGACUCGCAGGGCACGCGGGCACCCCCCUGCCCCCUGUCAGAGCAGCUCUCAAACAUGCAGCACUGGACCCAGCGGCCCCACGGCGCCGCUCACCGGCCCGAGCCGAGCUUUGUAUCGGUCAGCCCCUCUGGGCCUGAACAGCAGCCUGUCAGCAUGCACGCGCGUGCGCACGUGUCCACAGAAGUGCCCUUGGUGACCGGAGGGGAGGAUUCGGCCCACUGCCCCGCUCGGACGCUUUAUGACGAGGCCACCCCCCCUGAAAAGGGGUACAUUCACUCAAGCAGCCCCGGUCCAUGAACCCAGAAGCAGCUGCUGGGGAAGAGUCCAGAUCUACCCUGGUUCUGGUUCUGCUCUCAGCACUGACGGCAAACAAACCCGGUUCAGACCCAGCGGGUUCAGUUGCAGAGGUUCUGUAUGGGGGAGGGAAUGUGAUGACCUCAUAUUCUGCUGCUGGAGGUGACGGAACCGCCGCGGCUCCCAAAGCUGAGCAUCUGCACCUAUUUUUCUAUUGAGAGUGGAUUUUUUUCAUUGGAAACAGAACUUUCUCUGCUUGUUAAGGUCGGGGGCUAAACCGCCUCUUUCCCUCACAUCCUGGCCCCACCUGCUGCUGAUCACCUGGAUAUGUUUUCACCUGAAGAAGAGCCAGCAGAACCGGGCUCUUCCCUUCACUCUGAGGGUUGCUGCGGCUCCGCGAUGGUUCUGCCGCCCCGACCCGCCUUAAUGCAGGUGUUCUGGUGUCGGUGAGGCUGCUGUGUCUGCUGGACGGUUCUGCAGAGAGCUCCGACCCGUCCAGACCUGCAACAUAAACACGUCCGGGCCGAUGGCGUUCAACUCUCCUAUGCGAAGCUCAUCAGAACCGGUUUCAUGUCCUCAAUAAAAGUGUCUGAAUGAAGA